UUGGCCGGCGCGGAAACGGCGAGGACGACGAACGCGAGCAGCGCAAAAUCCCGAGGAAGUCGAAGUUGUCCUAGUUGAUAGAAACGUUCAGGCGCAAACAAUUCCGCUGCUGGGCGACUUGAACACAAACCGAGGCUGAGUAAUAUUCAGGGCGUGUGCAGUGGCGAUGCCAGCCCAGCCGGCUCCGCGUGAAGCAGAGGAGGAGAUGGAGAUGGAGCCUGACUCUGAGGUGCCUCAUGCUAACGGGGAGACGGAGGAGGAGCGGGAGCGGGAAGGAGGAGAGGCAGAGGAGACGCUGGAGGAGAGUGGAGAGGAGCGAGACAGUGACCUGGAGGAGAGCGAAGCAGAGGAAGAGGAGGAGGAAGAAGAGGAAAGUUCAGAGAUUGAUGAUGAAGACUGUGAAAGGAGGAGAAUGGAGUGUCUGGUUGAGAUGUCUGACUUGGAGAAGCAGUUCCUGGAACUCAAAGAAAAGUUAUUUCGCGAGAGGCUGGACCAGGUGAAAGUGAAGCUGGAUGAGGUGCUGACGGGAAAAGCAGGAGAGUACAGAGAGCCACUGGCUACUCUUCAGAAAAACAUGCAGCUACGCACUCAGGUAGCAGGUGUUUACAGAGAGCUGUGUCUUCAGGUGAUCAAACAUAAACACGAGUGCGAGAUACAAGGGGCAAAGCAACAUCUGGAGAGUGAGAGGAUCCUGCUGUUGGACACCAUGAAGAUGGAGCUGCUGGAAAAGAUCCGCAAGCUGGAGGAGGACAAGCAGAGGGUGGACAUCACCUCAGAGUGGUGGAAUGAUGAAGUGAAGAUGAAGAAGUGUAAGAAAAGAAGUCACCUGAGCAGUCUGGAGAGGAAGAAAAAGCCAGCACUCGUGUCAGGACCCUACAUAGUGUACAUGCUGAGGGACAUUGACAUACUGGAAGACUGGACAGCCAUUAAGAAGGCUAAAGCAGCACUAAUCCCCUUGAAGAAGAAGUCAGACAGUCGUCAGUUGUCAGCUCGCUGUGAAGGAGGCACUCUGUUUUAUGAGGGAGAGAGAUUCUCAAAGGGCAACACUGUUCUAUUGGAAGUCAAUGAUGAAAGCCCAGCACAGGCAGUAAUAACAGCAGUCAGUGCAGGGGAAGUGUGGUUCAAAAGGCCAGAUGGCAGCAAAACCAAAAUCUACAUUUCACAGCUACAGAAAGGCAAAUACACAAUAAGGAGAGCCUAGAGUACACACACACACACACACACACACACACACACACACACACACACUGCAACUGUGCUGCAGGUGUGUGUAUGGGUCAAAGGUCACAUUUUUUUUUCUUUGGCAUUUUUAAAGAAAUUGCUAAUAUGCAUUCAUUCCAGUUUUACUUCUCUGAUGUAAAAAAAAAAAAAAAAAAAAAAAAAAAAAAGACAUUAAUGGGAAAAAGUUCUAAACUGCAAAAUAGUGAUUCGGAAUAAUAGUCCACAUUAACAAAAUCUUUUUUUUUUUUUUUUUUAAAACCCCAAAUAAUCACAAACUGAAAAAAGGAAAUUAGUCUUUGAAGAAUAUUCUUAAGACUGCUUACUGUAACUCCUGAUUUUUUCCCCUUUUUGUCUUUGACCCAUGACUGUUGUAACAUCAGUAGAUCCUGUCGAGUGCCUCUGCAGCAAUACGCUGCUUGGUAUUCAUCAGAGUAUUCAUCAGAGCUUCAUCAAUAAACACAAUAUGGCACUGGAAGGAGUGCUUUACUAACACACAGGCUUUCCAACGAGCAGACGGCAUAACUGCAGCUUCUGUUCACCAGCACACACAUCGUAUGGCCCAGCAACGGAAACUGCUGAAUCACUGUUCCCCAACUGCAGACACACACACACACACACACACACACACACACACACACACAUACAUACACACACACACACCCCACUAUGGAGAAACACAAGACUGUAGACCAAAUAGGGAUCAUAUAGAUGCUUAUAGCCCAAUAUAUGUAUCUUUAUCCUUCCCAUAUCCCAGUCUAACAAACUGGAUUAUCUAAAGCCAUGCCCAUAAUGUAGUUAAAACAAUGCUCCUAUAAAGAAGUACACUAAAGAUUUCGCAAAGGCCUGAAUGACUGCAUUCACACAUCGCUAUCUACACUAGUAAAGCUGCGGCCACACUGGAAAUUUGCACUUUGAGUCUCCUUGUGAAAUUGGUGUGACCAUUCUUGAAAGAAUGGUGACACAAAAAAAGUUCCUUAUGAUGCAGUUAGCGUUUAGCCAGCUAACUUUGAAGAAUGUGUCUCAACUUUGUUAAUGCAAUUCAACUUUUACCAAAGGGGUAAUAAAACAAGUCCUGUAGCAUCCAGGGUCUGUUCCCACCUCAUGCCCAGUGUUUCUGUGGUAGGCUCCGGAUAGAACAUGAACCUGACCAGGAUAAAGCAUUUACUGAAGAAAUCAAAGUCCUACAUAUACACAAAGCUUUGUGCUUGCCCAAGUUGGUUGCUAGCACGCUGGCUAACUGGCCAACCACUGGCAGUAAAAAAACCCCAGAAAACAUACUGUAGUUAUACCAUCAAUUCCAGCCUCCAGACAUCCUGUGUACUAUGCAUACUUUAUAGUCAGGUCUAGAUGUAUUAUGUCAAAUCUCAUGCCUUCCCACUGGUAAAAUGAGCUCUUUUGUAAUUUUAGACCUUCUGCAGUGCUAUAUAAAGUACCGCCCCAUUCCGAGAUCAACCGUUACACAAACAAAAGCAGUGAUCAAUCCAUGAUUUCAUUUCACAUGGAACAGUUCACUGAAGUCGAAUUCGACACAAAGUUUAAGUUACUAAAUUUAUUUGCUUUGGAAAUGAAAGUGAAUUCCACUGAAUUGAAGUGAAUGUAAUUCAAUUCAAAAAGCUAGUGUGACUGGGUCUUAUUGCAUGCCCCAGCGCUGCUCCCGGUUUCUGUAACGACACCAGGCUUGCAGAUUAAUAGCUCCCAAGUUGCUAAAUGUCGCUUUAAUUAAAAUUGCACUUCAGAAGGAGAAGUAGAUUUGUGAUGCAAGAGAUUUUUUGAGCUCAUUUUGAUAAAGCCUUAAGUGCAAAGAGUAUUUAUAUGUUUGUAAGCUGAUUUGGAAACUGAGGGUGCUUGUAAAACCUAUUUAAAAGUGUUUAAUAUAAUCAUGUAUUUAUAACAAAAAGGUUUAUUAAAAUCUGGUCUUUUAUUAAA